GUAAGGAAAAACCCCCCAAACCUCUCGUUGGCACUCUCCGGGUUGCAUUAAAAGACUUACCCGACCCUGAUGACUCAACCCGGAUCCGAUCUUUUGAACUAACACGGCCCUCUGGUCGCCCUCAGGGUAAAAUCAGAAUCAAACUAGGUGUGCGUGAAAGACCGUUUUCUCCUCCUCCACCACCGCAGCCCGUUUACCGAAUUACUUCUCCACAGAGCUAUUAUUACAGUGGUGUCACUCCGCCACCACCACCUGAUUACAGUUACCCGACUAUCCCGCUUCCACCGUCGUCUUCACCGCCUCCCCCACCCGUACCGCAUAUUUGUUCCUACCACGACGCCUACUCUCCUUCUCCGUAUUAUUCAGGAUAUUACUCCUCUGCACCGCCGCCACCAUGCCACCAAGGCCCUUUUUUGAUCGGACAAUGGGUAGUUAUGGCAGCGGGCCCUCCGCACCGGUUGCUUACGGUACUCAAGAGGCAUAAAGGAGGGAAGAGAAUGGGGUUUGGGACGGGACUGGCUGUGGGUGCGGUUGCUGGGGCUCUAGGUGGGCGUGCGUUGGAAGAAGGAUUGAAAUACGAGGAGGAGAAAAUUGCAGAGAAAGUGGAGAAUGAUCUCGCUGUGCGUGAUGAUUACAGCGAUUAUCGCUCUUAUUACUGAUGGUAAAUUGUGGUUUGGUGAGGCUGUGUUUAGUUUCACUGCACGGUUUCAUAUGUAUAUAAUAAUCUAUGGUGAAUUUGGAUGAUUCUGCUCCAUGUUUCAAUAUUUUAUUGAAAGGAAUAAAUUCUGCUUUUAUUAGUUUUA